AUGCGCUUCACGAUAUUCGCGGCUCUUGCGGCCGCAACGACGGUCUACGCGGGCCAGUCACCAGCUGACGCGUCUGGUGCGUCCGCGUCAGGCCCGGCCUCGGCGCCGUCCUCCCCCUCGCCGGACGCCACUCCCUCGGAUGUCAUGAACGGCACCGGUCCUUCGGGACCCAUGACCAACGGCACGAAUCACCCGGGGCCCAUGAACAACGGUACGGGUCACCCGGGCGCGGGAUCCGGCGUGGGCUCCGGCGCCAACCACGGCGGCUUCCUGCAGAACCUCUCGCCGCAGUGCCAGCAAGGCGUUAUGAGCAUCUUCCUGGCCAAGGGAUCUGAGUGCCUUCACACCUCGGCACUCCUCGAGAUCCUGAGUGGCGGACAGCACGCAGGCAUGGGCCCAACCGGUUCUGGUGUGCCGACCCCGUCGGUGCCAUCUGCUUCCGCCUCGGCAUCUGCCUCUGGGGCCGGGGUCACUUCUGCCGAUGCUCCGGCUUCGGACUCCGCGCCCUCUGCUCCCGCCCCAUCUGGAUCGGACGCAUACGUCCGUCGUGGGGAGAAUGUCGCCUCCUCCAGCGAUGUGCCGUCGGCCGCGGCUAAUGCCUCUAGCGCUGCCUCCAGCGCGGCAACAGGCCCGAGCAACCCUGGUCCAUCUGGCCCAUCCACCCCCGUCCCUUCGGACUCCACUGUUCCCCCUGUCUCCGGCAACGGCAGCUCGGUCAUCCCCGCGCUCGAGAUGUAUCUUCAGCAGGCGUGUGCUGCCCCCGUCUGCAGCAACGAGACGAUCACUCAGAUCGCUGAGAUUGUCCUCAACUCGUGCCAGGCCGACCUCCAGAGCGGUGGCAUCAGCAACGCCACCGUUCAGAUCAUUGCCCAGCUCUAUCCGACCGCGCGUGAGGCCGUGUGCCUGACGACCAACCAACCGCCUGUGUACGACCCCACUGCCUUCGCGCCCAACCAGGAGAACGGCAUGAGCAACUCGACUGUCCCCGGCAACGCUACCAUCCCUGGUAACGCCACCGUCACGGACAACUCGUCGGCGUCGCUCCCCAACGAGUCGAUGAACCCUGGCCCCGCGUCGUCCAACAUGGCCGAGCCGUCUCCUUCCGAAGCUGCCUACAAGCGCCAGGAGCAGCAAGGCGCUCCGUCUGCAGGGUCUAACGCUUCGGCUGUUGACCCUGCCGCCUCUCCCACCGCGGACGCCUCUAUCUCCCCCUCGCCUGCGGACGCCGCUCCGUCGCCGUUUGUCACUGCCGAUCUCAACUCGACCACCCCCGCCCCUGGUCCUAUGAACGGCACCGGUCCUAACGCGACUGUCCCCGCUGGCAAUUCGACGACCAACGGCACCUUUUGCAGUAUCGCACUCCUCAAGGGCCUCCAGGAGUGGUACGGCAAGCCCCUCACCCUCCGCGACAUGUUCCGGCUCCUUACCAACCCGGCUGAGCGUGCCAAGCUGGCGACCUAUCCCGCUGGUAACCUCUGCAACGACUGCAUGUACGGGAUCGUCUCGAUCGUAGACACUGGCGCCCCCUGGCUUCUCGAGUCGCUCAAUAUCACGACGUGGUACUCUGCCACCUGCCCCGCUGCCUCCAUCUCUUCCAACGGAACGCUUCCCGCCGGUGUGAUUCCCACGGCGGAGGACAGCACCUUCGGCUUCCCGCUCACAUUCACCAACGCGACCGGGCAGACGGAGACUACGACCCCCAAUGCGACCGUCACCCCCAUCGGCCAGUCGGCCAACGGCUCUGGAGCCGCGUGGCCCUGGCCUUCGGCUGGCAACGCCACGGCCCCCCUUCCCGGCGGCACGGGCAACACAAACGGCACUGAGCCCAUCCCUUCCGGCUCCGCUGAGAACCCUGCCAGCGAUGCCGUUCCCUCGGACUCCACUCCCACGGACGCCGCUCCCUCGGACGCCGCCGCUCCCUCCGAUGCUGCUCCUUCCGGUGCUGCUCCUUCUGACGCCGCUCCCUCCGAUGCUGCUCCUUCCGGUGCUGCUCCUUCUGACGCCGCCGCCUCGGACGACUCCGUUACUCGUCGCCGCUUCCGUUUCGCGCGCGAGCAGUAA